AAGGCCUCUAAUAAGGUGUGAGCCCAAAUAUUUUCCACCAAUCGUGAAUGUCUCUUGUCCCAUCACUCUCACCGCCGGCAUAAUCAGAAAUCGGAAAAUCGUUAGUUGGUCCAAGAAAGAAAUAGAUUGUUUAUUGAUGUGUAGAAGCGGAUAACGAUAAUGUCUCUGAGGAUUAAACUGGUGGUGGAUAAGUUUGUGGAGGAGCUAAAGCAAGCUCUUGACGCCGAUAUACAAGAUCGGAUCAUGAAGGAGAGGGAGAUGCAGAGCUAUAUCGAGGAGCGAGAGCGCGAAGUCGCUGAACGAGAAGCCGCUUGGAAAGCUGAGCUCUCUCGCCGCGAGACGGAGAUUGCUAGACAGGAAGCGAGGUUGAAGAUGGAAAGAGAGAAUCUGGAGAAGGAGAAGAGCGUUCUCAUGGGGACGGCGUCGAACCAGGAUAAUCAAGACGGAGCUCUCGAGAUUACUGUGAGUGGUGAGAAGUAUCGGUGCCUGAGAUUCUCCAAGGCCAAGAAAUGAUCACAUUACAGUGUUUCUUGCUUAGGGUUUGUUUGUUUGAUGAUGUAUCUGCUAUAGCUUACAUUUUUGUGGUCCAUUGUACUGUUUGAUGGGUUGCUGGAUCUCUUUACUUAGGGCCUUUCUAGUGGAACACAAAAUGAAGGCGGCUCAAGGUUGGUUUGUAGAUCUUAUGUUCCGUAAAGAUGAAUUCUUUUAUGGUCUUGUUAGAUUUGCUGGACCUGCAGACAAACAUGGUAUAUCUCUCAAGGAAAUAUCUGUGUGCUCUGCCUUCCUUUAGUUUGAACAUUCUUUCUUUGUGAUUAAUCUGAAAUAAACUGAUUGGUUGGGUUGAA